AUGACAGUGAGGCCUGAUCCGUACUCCAAAACAGCGUACUAUCAUCUUCGAGAAAAUGAAAUAACCAAUACUGCGUCAAAAGAAGAAGAUGGUCUAAAUGAUGCGACUUUCCGAUGGAGUGACUUACAUCUGCAUGUGUACCAUGGUUUGAAAUUUACUGUUCUACUACUCACGGUAGUCCCAGUAUGUAUAAUCUACAACUCCAUGAAAAUAAUAGUUCAACGCAAACGUCCGUUUUGCCUCGACCAUGUGAAUAGAAUCUUUUUAAGACAAAGUUCAUGGAUUCUUGAUGAACGCAUUUGUCAAUACGUGCUGAAUCCUUUAUUUGUUUGCUUAUACCCAUCCACUUUCUCUAUUCCAACGUAUGUCAGUUAUGACGUUCCCGUAGAAGAUCAGGAAUCUUCAGAGAACAACAUUUUCCGAACUCGUGCUUUGAAUGCACCUAAAGUCGUUAACACGAAGUUUUACAAAUACGUAAUGCCCCAAGUAUUUGACCCCAGCACAGAUCCUAUUCUAGUGUUCUAUCAUGGUGGAGGUUACGCACUAAAGCUGACUCCCACCUCGUUAUCGUUCUUGAAUAAUAUGCGAAACGCAUUCCCGAAGAUGGCCAUCCUUGUGCCAGAUUAUACAGUUACUGCCACGGAUGAACAAUCCAAGAAGUAUCCCCUACAAGUUCUACAAAGCGUGGCCAUUUUCGACUACAUUACCAAGACUAUGGGCUGCAAGAACGUGAUUAUUAUGGGUGAUUCAGCAGGCGGUAACGCGGUUUUAAACAUUGUUUUAUAUUUGAAAAAGUGUCAUAGAGAUGUCUAUCCAAAAAAAGUGAUAGCUAUAAGUCCCUGGGCCAAUGCCACUUUUUUCCAUGAAGGCGAAAAAGAGCAUAUGCUACGGACGCAGCAAUGGGAUGGUCUGUGCUUAAAAAGCCACUCGAUGUUUGGAAGGAUGUUCGUAGGCAACAACCCAAACGUUGAUUUCACUAAUGACCCUUUUGUUAAUAUUGAAAAGAAUUUUGAAACAGGAGAUUGGCGAGAAAUCUUAAAAAAAUGCUCUGUGAUGAUUACUUACGGGAGUGACGAGCUGCUGAGUUUGCAGAAUGAGAUCUUAGCAAAAAAAAUGUGUGAAGCCAGUGACGGAUUAGACCAUUUCACUUCCAAAAACGUGUUGGUCGAACAUCAAGGCUUUCACACCGGCCCCAUAGUUAAUUACUCCCGAAACAUGGACCGGUGGACGAGGAUACCAUCUAUUUCACGUAUCCUCGAGUUCAUGCAGACCUAA